AUGUCGUCCGGUCCUCUCUACCUGGGAUUUGACCUUUCAACCCAGCAGCUCAAGGCGAUCGUGGUCCAAUCGGACUUGCAGGUUGUCGCCGAGGCAAAAGCCGACUUUGACGCCGACUUUGGUCAGAAGUAUGGCAUCAAGAAGGGCGUCCUGACCAACGAGAAGGAAGGCGAGGUAUACGCCCCCGUUGCGCUGUUUCUAGAAGCCUUGGACCUCGUCUGCGACCGUCUCAAGGAGAAGAAGACGCCGCUCGACCGCAUCAAGGGUGUCAGUGGCUCUUGCCAGCAACAUGGUAGUGUGUACUGGAGCAAGGACGGCGAGAGGCUCCUGUCUGCCCUCACGCCGGACCAGCCCCUCGUCGAUCAACUGAAGGGCGCAUUUUCCAACCCCUAUGCUCCCAACUGGCAAGACCACAGCACCCAGGCCGAGUGCGACGAGUUCGAUGCUAAGCUUGGAACUCCCCAAGACCUAGCCAAUGUCACCGGGAGUGCUGCUCACCAUCGCUUCACAGGCACUCAGAUAAUGAGGAUCAGGCGCAAGUACCCGGAUACAUACGCACAGACUGCUCGUGUGUCUCUGGUCUCGUCAUUCCUCGCCUCUAUGCUCCUGGGUAAAGUCGCACCUAUGGAUAUUGGCGAUGUGUGCGGCAUGAAUCUCUGGGACAUGCAAUCAAACCAAUGGUCAGAGCCAUUGCUCGAGCUGGCUGCUGGUGGAAGUGACGGCGUUGCAGAACUCAAAAAGAAGCUCGGCGAGGUCAGGAUUGAUGGAGGCGGCAGCAUGGGCCCUAUCGCGCCGUAUUUCGUCCAACGGCACGGUUUCAGUGCCGACUGCCAGAUUGCGCCGUUUACCGGCGACAACCCGGCCACGAUCCUGGCCCUGCCGCUUCGGCCCUUGGACGCCAUCGUCAGCCUGGGCACCUCGACCACGUUCCUCAUGUCGACGCCGAAGUAUAAGCCCGACCCCAGCUAUCACUUCAUGAACCACCCGACCACCCCGGACCACUACAUGUUCAUGCUGUGCUACAAGAACGGCGGGCUUGCUCGCGAGAAGAUCCGCGACGCCCUCCCGAAGCCCGACGGUGCCGACACCUGGGCUAACUUCAACAAGGCCGUCCUCGAGACGCCCCCGCUGGGCGUCAAGAGCGAAGGCGACCGGGCCAAGCUCGGCCUCUACUUCUACCUGCCCGAGAUCGUGCCGAACCUCCCGGCCGGCACGUGGCGGUACAGCUGCAACGCGGCGGACGGCAGCGACCUCCAGGCCGGCGCGCAGUGGGACGCCGAGACGGACGCGCGCGUCAUCGUCGAGUCGCAGGCGCUGUCGAUGAAGCUGCGCUCGCACAACCUCGUGCACAGCCCCGGCGGCGGCCUGCCCGCCCAGCCGCGCAGGAUAUACCUCGUCGGCGGCGGGUCGCUCAACCCGGCCAUCGCGCGGGUCGUCGGCGACGUGCUCGGCGCGUCCGAGGGCGUGUACAAGCUCGACGUCGGCGGCAACGCGUGCGCGCUCGGCGGCGCGUACAAGGCCGUGUGGGCGCUCGAGCGGCGGGGCGGCGAGACGUUUGACGAGCUCAUCGGCCGGCGGUGGAAGGAGGAGGGGGCGGUCGAGAAGGUGGACGCGGGCUACAAGGAGGGCGUCUUCCACAAGUACCAGGACGUCCUGGGGGCGUUUGAGAAGAUGGAGCUGGAGAUCCUGGCGCAGAACAAGGCAUGA